AUGUCCACGGCCCAGCCCGAGCUCCGCGCCACGUACGCCAUCGUCGGCGCGGGCGUCUUCGGCGCCUCGACAGCCCUGCACCUCUCCCGCCAACACCCCGACGCGACCAUCUACCUGAUCGACCGGGAGCCCCACCCGAGCCGGCGGGCCGCGUCGUGGGACUGGAACAAGGUCGUCCGCGCGGACUACGCCGACCCCGCGUACAUGGCCCUCGGCCUCGAGGCCGCGCGCGCCUGGGCGUCGGACCCGCUGCUGGCGCCCUUGUACCACGAGAGCGGCACCCUCUGGAUCGCCGACGGGGACUUCGCCCGGGUCAUCGCCGGCAACUACGCCAGGCUAGGCGCAACCACCGACCACCACCACCGCCCGGAGGUCGUCGACCCAGAUGAGGCGCGCCGGCGGUACGGGGGCCUGUUUGCCGGUGCAGACUACUCGCGCGUGACGCAGGUCUUGGUAAAUCCCAGCGGCGGCUGGGCGCCUGCCAAGGAGGCGCUGCGGGCUGUCGUCGACGCCGCGGUUGGCGCCGGCGUCGUGUACCUCCAAGGCAACGUCGACUUGCUCCGGUUGGAUAGCGACGGGUCCUGCACGGGGCUGCGGCUCUCCAACGGGACGACGGUUACUGCAUCCAACGUCAUUCUCUCAACGGGGGCGAAUACGGCGAGGCUGCUCGCCGACAGCGCCCCUGAUAGCGACGACUUCCAAGUCGGCGACAGGAUGGUCGCAGCUGCGAUAUGCACCGGCCUGGUGAAGCUAGGUCCCGAAGACGCCGAGAAGUAUAGGAGAGGCCCGGUGUGCUGCCAGCAUCUCCUACCUGGCCGAGGGGGGAGCCUACCGCCGACACGAGAGAAUUACUUGAAGUUCUGGGUUGAUAUACCGUUCCGCAACACGCUGCGGCACUCAUCUGGGAGGGAAAUAUCCAUGCCGCCUGACGAACCUGACUAUGCACAAUGGGAAGUAUCCCAGGUUUUAAAGGACGAGGUAUUGGCCGUAAACCGUGGUGUGUUUGGCCUCGCGGGGUCGGACUUCUCCAUUGAGGAACAUCGAAUAUGCUGGGAUGCCGUGACUCCAACCGGCGACUUCCUGGUGUCGCCGCACCCGGCGAGCAAGAAUCUCUUCAUCGCAACGGCGGGGUCCUUCCACGGAUGGAAGUUCUUGCCCAUUCUCGGAAAAUACGUCGUUCAGAUGAUGGAAGGGACUCUAGUCGAAGAGCUGAAGCAGAGGUGGUCGUGGCGGCGCGAGGCUGGGGACCCGAAGGCCAACGACAUGUGGCCAAGACGGGAAUUACGGAACUUGGGUUACGACGUUGAGGCUCUGCCGAAAGACCAGCGAAGCCCCCCAUGCAUUUGA